AUGUUUCCACCACGUGUCCUGAGAGCCUGGGGGCAGAGGCUCACGUGCUUUUACAACAAUGCUCAGCUGGUGUCCUGGGUGGAUAUUGCAUUCCUCUGCUGUCUCUCAUCAAACAGUGCUUCCGCCUGCUCUGUCAUUUGUCUUGUCAUCCAGGAGCCCCACAUUGUGUACAGCUUCGACACCUCCAUCCCUCUCUGCAGGAACUGCACUGGUGUUGUGAAAACAAAAAUCAAUGCUGAAUAGCUGGUGGCCAUUUUCUAUGCAGCCCUGAACAGCAGCAUGUGGCAGAACCUGCCUCACCAGAAGGCACUGAAACUACACAAAGACCUCAGUUUUCCUGAAUGCUUCUCUGUGUGGGCAGAGCAGAAAACUUCCUUCAGGUUUGUGUGCAAGAGUUUUGUCAGCAAGGGUUUUACCUCUUUGAUGACUCAAGAGGAGAAAGCCCAAGGAAGAGUCUUAACCUUUUCCUGGUUUGACUUGACAGCUGUACCAAUAAGAAAGUCUCUCUUUAGCCAGCUGCUAGAAUAGAGCGAGCUUGUCCAGUGCCAUCCCAGGCCUGGUGCUCUACUAGACAAGGCAUCCUCUGGAGACUGGUCUACAAAAGUGGAGCCUAGUGUGAUACUGGAUGACAAGUCUCCAUGCUUCACAGCUGCUUCCAACAUCUUCUCAGAAAUUCCAGAGGAAACUGCUGAGUAUGAUUCUAAAUUCUCAUAAACCAUAAU